AUGGAGUAUACAGCACAAAAUCUAGAAUAUGCUGUAUCAGUGUUUUAUAAUGGAGAGCAGCAGGAAAGAGUUAAGGCACACACUUGGCUUACACAAGCCCAAAGAGCGCCAGAAGCAUGGAAUUUCGUUUGGGAGCUACUUCAACCACACAAGGGAACCGAGAUUCAAUUCUAUGGUGCAACUACUUUGCACACUAAAAUCUUACGCUGCUGGAAUGAAGUCCCAGCAGAAAGUUAUGAUGAGCUAAAAGAGAAAAUACUUCAAGCCGUUACUUCAUAUACCAAAGGCCCAAAAAUAGUAACUAAUAGACUGUGCAUCAGUUUGGCAGCAGUAAUUCUCCAACUUGGUGCUACAGACUUAGCGUCAACAUUAAGACCCCUGUCAACUCCAGAAAAUACAUCAUUGCUGCUUGAAGUAUUAACUGUGAUACCUGAAGAAUACAAUAGUAUGACAAUGGGAUCUUCACUGCGUAUGAGAAAUCGAAAUUCUUUGCUCCAGGCUUGUCCAGCUGUAUUAGAUGACAUGCAUCACUUCUUGCAAACAGCAUACAAUGAUUACAGUAAGGGGCCUCCUAGUGAAGAGACUGUUUUGACCUGGCUAAGCGCAGCUACUUGUGCUGGGAGCUGGCUAGCGCUGGCAUGCGAUGAUACUGUCGAAUAUGGUCCAACCAAUGUACCAGAUUAUGCACCUUUGUGUCGAGCAUUGCAGACCGUGGUACAUGUUAUCUAUACCUGGAACGAGGCUGUGAGCGACACCGCCUUAGAGACAUGCGAGGCGGCGCUGGGGGCUGUCCGAGCCGCUGGCGGCGGCGCAGGCGCCCUGCGCCGGCCUGCCGCCGCGAACCAGCUCCUGGCCGACCUAGCGAGCCUCACCGCCCGCCUCUUUGCUAAGGACAACGUCACCAACUCCAUCAACGAGGAAUUGCUGUCGGCCAUCAUCACGUGUCUGGUAUCGGUGGCGGACUGCCAUUCGCGUGCCAUAGUCCAAGGCAUGGAGAGCAACCCGCCCCAGCAGAGCGCGCAGCAAAUCCUCGAGCUCCUUCUAGCAGCUCAGACCGCCCCCGGAUACUACCCUCUGCACGAGACCCGCUCCAACCUCGUCUUCGGCUUUUGGUACACGCUGCAGGACGAAAUAGCGAACAUGGCGGACGGAUCGCGGAAGUUGAAUCCCGUUUGGCGCGAAGUGUUCUCCCGGCUGCUGAUGGCGCUAGUGGCGAAGUCCGAGGCACCCGCCGACUCGGCCCUCUCGCGGGACGACGUCGAACUACUGCGGUGCUACAGACAAGACAUAUCGGACACUGUGAUGUACUGCUACAGCGUUCUAGGCGAGUCGUGCUGGGCGGCCGUGGCGGACGCGUGCGCGGCGGACGCGCCCGAGGAGCGGCAGGAGGCGGCGCUGCACGUGUUCGCCUCGCUGGCGGACGCGCCGCUGCCGCAGCGCACGCCGCCCGCGCUCCGCUCGCUGCUGCGCCACUCCGUGCGUGCGGCCCGGACGGCGCGCACGAAGCGACUGCUCGUCACCGCCCUCGACUGCCUCGGAGGUUACGCUUCGUGGCUGGAAUCUAUAGAAACACCAGAAGGCAGUGAGCUGGCGCGGGAGAGCAUUACCGCCGCAGGUGCCGCGUUGCAGCGCUGCCCAGCGCCCGCCGCGCUCGCCCUGCGCAAACUGUGCACAGAAUGCAGCGCUGAAGCGGCUGCCUUGGUCGGCGACAUUGUGACCGCAGCACAGAGCGCGGAGGGCCAGUCGGAGGCGUUCGUCCGUAGGCAGCUGGCGGGCGCGGCGGGCGCUGCGCUCGCCGCCGCCGAGCCGGCCGUGGCGGCGCCGCUGCUGCGCCACCUGGCGCACUCGCUGCUGGCCGAUUUGCGCGCGCAGGCUGCGGAGCCGACGUGCGUGUCGAGCGCGGCAGAUUGCAGCGCGGCGCUGCUGGGCGCGCUGGUAGAGGCGCCCGCCUUGGCGACGGACCUCUUCCGCGCCCUCCUGCCCGCUCUGGCCCUCUUCCCGCAGCACGCGGCCCUGCUGCAGCCGCUGUACAACGUACUGAAGCAGGCGCUGUCCACGCUGAUGGACCACUGCCUGCCCGUGGUGGCGGAGGUCUCGGAGCUGGUCGUGGCCGGCUUCGAGACACAGCCCUGCGCUUCGGGCAUGGACGUCGUCAAACUGCUGAUGCUCGUCUCGUGCGAGUCGUACGCGGGCGCGGCGCGCGUGCUGCUCGCGUGCGUGGCGGCGUGCGCGCGCCACGUGGCGGCCGACGUGCGCGCCCGCCCGGAACUCACGGCCGCCCUCUUCGCGCUCUUGCUGGCGCUCACCAAGAAGACGCCGCUCUGCCUCGACUGGCUCGAGGACGCGCUGCUGCAGCUCGUCGACCUCGCGUGCACGUGCGUGCACAUGUGGGAGGCGGCCGCGGCGCGGGCGGCGUGCGGCUGGCUGGCGGCGCUGGCGGCGCGCAGGCCGCACGCGCUGCGCAAGCACGCGCACGCCCUCACCGCCGCCACGCUGCGCUGCAUAGGUGGGGCGACGCCGCGCAACCAGAUCGAGCCGCUCGCCGAACUGCUGCUCGCGCUGAACCGCGUGCAGUUCCCCGAGGGCACAGAGGGCGGUAGUGGGCUGGCGGCCUGGCUGCGCUCGGCGCUCGACGUCGACGGCUUCCCGACGCCGCACGCCACGCGCGCCCACAAGAGCACCUUCAUCGCCGCCGUGCUCAAAGAGAAGAACAGUAAGCGAAGACUAUUGGAGACCGUGCAAGAAUUCUCACUCGUUUGCCGGGGACUGGUGGGCACAGAGUACGCCCGACAAACGCUCGCUUCCAAACAACUAGUAGCU